AUGCUUGGUGGGUGGGGACCACCAAAUAGUGAAGGCCACUGCCCCCCCUCCUCUAACCAUUAACCAGCAAACAAGAUUUAGUGGGGAGUCUCCCCCCAAGCCUUACUGUACAUGUGCUAGGAUCCCAGGCAGCAAAGCAGAGCCAGAAGGAACAGCCAGAGCCCACAGCAUACGGCCUGGUCAACCAGAACAAUGUCGCUUGUCCUGUAUACCUGUCUCCUCUGGCUCUGCACCAGUGGCCUCUGGACUGCCCAGGCUGACACCCAUGAGGAUUCAAGUUCUCAUCGAGGCCUGGCUCCCACCAACGUUGACUUCGCCUUCAACUUGUUCCAACGCCUAGUGGCCAUGAAUUCCAACAAGAACACCUUAAUCGCUCCAGUGAGCAUCUCCAUGGCCCUGGCCAUGCUAUCCCUUGGCACCCAGGGCUCUACCCAGACCCAGUUUCUCCAGAGCCUGGGCUUCAACCUCACAGAGACAUCUGAAGCUGUGAUCCACCAGAAUUUCCAGAGCCUCAAUUACCUUCUCAAGCAGUCUGAGUCUGGUUUGGAGAUGAAUUCAGGCAAUGUCAUGUUCCUCCUCCAGAACCUGAAGCUGAAGGACUCCUUCUUAGCAGACAUGAAACACUAUUAUGAGUCCGAGGCCUUGAGCCUCCCUUCCAAGGACUGGACUAAAGCCAGCCAACAGAUCAACAAGCAUGUUGAGAAAAAGACCCAGGGAAAAAUUGAGCAUGUGUUCUCAGACCUGGAUAGUCCAGCCACCCUCAUCCUGGUCAGCUACAUCUUUCUUAAAGGUACAUGGGAACUUCCCUUCAGCCCAGAAAACACUAGAGAGGAUGACUUUUAUGUGAACGAGACAAGCAGUGUGAAGGUGCCCAUGAUGGUCCAGUCAGGCAGCAUUGAUUACUUUCAUGACUCAGAGAUCCCCUGCCAGUUGAUACAGAUGAACUAUGUGGGAAAUGGAACUGCCUUCCUCAUUCUUCCAGACCAGGGCCAGAUGGACACUGUCAUCGCUGCACUGAAUCGGGACACAAUUGAUAGGUGGGGCAAGCUUGUGACCCCAAGGCAGAUGAACCUGUAUAUCCCGAAAUUCUCCAUAUCUGAUACCUCUGACCUUAAAGAUGUGCUGGCAGAUGUGGGCAUUAAGGACUUGUUCACCAACCAAUCAGAUUUCUCAGACACCACUGAAGAUGUUCCCUUGACGUUAACGGUAGUCCACAAGGCCAUGCUACAACUGGAUGAAGGGAAUGCGCUGCCUGUUGCCACCAACGGGGCUCCCCUACACCUGCCCUCUGAAUCACCCACCCUCAGGUUCAACCAGCCCUUCAUCGUCCUGAUCUUUGACAAGUUCACAUGGAGCAGCCUAAUGAUGAGCAAAAUCACAAAUCCAGCCUAAAGGAUGUCCUGGGAAUCCAUGGUGCCAUCUGAUUUUGGGGGCAUGGAAGCCUUUCCCCAGUCUUCUUCAAGGUCCCUCCAACCCAACCAGGUGUUCCUACUUUUAGAUAUCUAGUAAUGAAUAGACCUUGUUGUUACUCUCAAGACAAGUCAAAUUAGAAGGAACCACUGAGAAAGAAGUAACAGUUAUUAAAGGAUGUUUUU